UGUCACUUAGUACGUAGUUGACGUCGUGAGCAGGGGGAGGGGUAGCUUGGGGGUUUGUGCGUGGUUUUGAUUAUAUUGGUGCUGGUUAUGGCUGGUGAUUUCCAAUAUUAAACAAACUCCGAUAUCUGGAAAGCGCUUGACUCAGGUGGAAUGUUGAAUUAUUAUAAAAGAAGUAAAUACUAAACAGUCGCAAUCUCGAUUAAUCCGAACCAUGCUGUAGCUUGUUGUGAAUGUAUCAACAAAUACCAUGAUCAAGUUCGUGUUUUUGGUUGCUACUCUGGGGUGUGCCUUUGCCGCCUCCGCCGAUUUGGAUUGGAGAAUCGUCGGUGGUGAGAAAGCCGAAGAUGGUGCUUUCCCAUACCAGAUCUCCUUGAGAAGCUAUGGAAGCCACUCUUGCGGUGGAUCCAUCAUCAACGAAAACUGGAUUUUGACUGCUGCUCACUGCGUACAAGGUGCCUCCGCUUCCUCCAUGUCUGUCGUCGUUGGAUCUAAUAAAUUGAGCGCCGGUGGUGAAUCUUACAAAGUUUCAAAGGCCAUCUACCACGAGAACUACGAUCAAUUCCAGAUCAAGAAUGACAUCGCCGUUUUGAAACUGGCCAGUCCAAUCAAAUUCAACGAGAAGGUUCAACCCAUCAACUUGGCUGAUAAUAGCAUCGGUGGUGGCGAAGAUUGCGUGUUGAGCGGCUGGGGCAGAACUUCGUACCCAGGAAGCGCCCCCAACGACUUGCAAUUCAUUCACUUGAAGACUGUUUCCGUUGACGACUGCAAAGAUCGUCAACGUCCAAACCCGGUGUACGACUCUCAGGUGUGCACAUUCACCAAGAGGGGUGAGGGCGCCUGUCACGGUGACUCCGGUGGUCCAUUGGUCUCUGGUGGCAAGCAAAUUGGUAUCGUCUCUUGGGGACGUCCAUGCGCUGUCGGCUACCCAGAUGUCUUUACCAGGGUUUACUCUUUCUUGGAUUGGAUCAACAAAAACAUUUCUAACUAAAUGAAAUUACGUCAAUAAAUCUUUUUUUUUACUGCAA